CAUGCGCAGUGCAAAAGAAGUUUUGUAAUGGCUGCCAGAUAGUAUGAGUGAAACUCGAUAUAGUUUCUAGUCUCCUGGAAAAACUUUGGAUUUAACAGACCGUUAACAUUAAGUAAACCAUAUUAAAAUGGUGUAUGUCUGUACGGAGACAUACAAGAAGACUGUACGGAACGUUGAUAAAUUAAACUGAUAUAAUCUGGUGGCCAUGGCAGUGUGGGACCGUGUGGAGUCUGUGCUGAAUGUGGGCCUCCGGGUGCCCAGCAUCAUGCUGCUGGAGGUGCUGUACCGCUGGGAUGUAAGCUCCUUUUUCCAGAAGAUCCAGAGGAGCAGCCUGAACAACAACCCUCUCUUUCAGUACAAGUACCUGGCUCUGUACCUACACUAUUUAGGCUAUAUUCUUAGCUUGGUAUUGCUGACUCUACCACGGCAGCAUUUGGUACGCCUCUACCUGUACGUGCUCACUGCUUUGCUGCUAUUUGCCGGACACCAGCUUUCCAGGGAUUAUGUUCGUAGUGAGCUUGACUCUGGCUUUGAAGGACCCCUGUAUCUGGAUCCACUCUCCAUGAACCGAUUCACCACAGCUCUAAUUGGUCAGCUGGUGGUGUGUACACUGUGCUCCUGUGUGAUGCAGACGAAACAGAUCUGGCUGUUUUCAGCUCACCUUCUACCCCUGGUGGCUCGUCUGUGCCUUGUCCCUUUGGAAACUAUUGUCUUUGUUAACCGUUUUGCCAUGAUCUUCACUGGGCUUGAAGUUAUCUACUUCCUUGCUUCUAACCUCCUGGUACCCUACAACCUGGCUAAGAAUGCCUACCGGGAGCUUGCACAGGUGGUGGAGGUGUAUGGGCUACUGGCUCUGGGCAUGUCAUUGUGGAAUCAGCUUGUCUUGCCCAUGCUCUUCAUGUGCUUCUGGUUGGUGCUCUUCACGCUGCAGAUCUACUCGUACUUCAGCACACGGGACCAACCUCCCUCACGCGAGAGAUUGCUCUUUCUCUUUCUUACCAGCAUUGCAGAGUGCUGUUGUUCUCCUUACUCACUGUUGGGGCUGGUCUUCACUGUGUCUUUUGUGGCACUGGGCGUCCUCACACUCUGCAAGUUCUACUUACAAGGUUACCGAGCCUUCAUGAAUGACAAUGCCAUGAACAGGGGAAUGACAGAAGGAAUCACUUUGCUGAUUCUCUCUGUUCAGACAGGGCUAAUUGAGCUGCAGGUCAUACACCGGGCCUUUCUCCUGAGCAUCAUCCUCUUUAUUGUUGUGGCCUCUAUUUUGCAAUCCAUGCUGGAGAUUGCUGACCCCAUAGUGCUUGCACUGGGGGCUUCCAGGGACAAGAGUCUGUGGAAGCACUUCCGAGCAGUGAGUCUUUGUCUGUUCUUGCUGAUCUUUCCAGCCUACAUGGUCUACAUGAUCUGCCAGUUCUUUCAUAUGGACUUCUGGCUGCUCAUCAUCAUCUCCUCCAGCAUCCUUACCUCACUGCAGGUGCUCGGUACGCUGCUGAUCUAUGUGCUGUUCAUGGUGGAGGAGCUACGCAAGGUUCCGAUUGAGAACAUGGAUGAGGUCAUGUAUUUUGUGAAUGGCACCUAUAGACUGCUGGAGUUUGUGGUGGCACUCUUUGUGGUGGCCUAUGGUGUAUGUGAGACGCUGUUUGGACAGUGGAGCGUGAUGGGUUCCACCAUCAUUCUGCUGCACGCCUACUACAAUGUGUGGCUGCGGGCGCAGCUCGGCUGGCAGAGCUUCCUGUUGCGCCGUGAUGCUGUGCACAAGAUUCAGAGCCUUCCUACGGCCUCAACACUGCAAUUACAGCAGUACAAUGAUAUCUGUGCCAUCUGCUAUCAGGACAUGAAGUCGGCAGUCAUUACACCUUGCGGUCACUUUUUCCAUGCAGGCUGCCUGAAAAAGUGGCUGUAUGUGCAGGAGUCCUGCCCCCUUUGCCAUGGCCCACUCAAGAGCCAAUCACCAUCCACCAACACGUCUACCCCAGCUGACACAUCACCAUUCAAUCCAAAUGCAGAACAGGCAGAACGGCAAGAUUUAGUGGAUAUAGAGGAGCCAAAACCAGUUGGAGAGGCUUCCCAAAAAGUUGCAACCCUGUCAUGCCUUCAAAGUUCAGCAGAGCCAGAAAUGAAAAGUGGCAGGGUUCAAGAAGAAACCUGCGAAUGUCAUUCAAAAGUGGAAAAAGAAAAGACUGAAGAAGCUAGUAGAGGCUAGGUAAACAAGCUCCACAGUCCAUUUCAAGUGUCCCUCCACCCCCUUAAGCAGAGCUGUGCUCUGUUCAUUUUUUCAGUGGUCACUUCAGAUUUAUCACAGUCACACUGUAAUGCUGCCAAUGUUACGUCUUCUAACAAGAGGACUUAUAACAGUCCUAGAGAUUAAUAGUCAGAACACAUUAUGACUGUUAUAAUCCAUUGGAGGAAUAAUUUUUGGGUGCUAGUUCUUCAGAUUCAUUAGUUAUAUUUGUCAUAUUUUCCCAGUUCUUUCUAACUAAUCCCACAUAGGAGUGGAUUUUUGUUGACAAUUUGCCAUCAUUUCUGUAAACAGGGUGUUCAAAUUGUCUAAUGUUCUAUUGCACUACAAAUGAGCUACAAUGAGCUUUAUUUCAAGAUUUCUUAACCAUCCUAAAAGAACAUUCUAAUUUACAAUUACCAAAUGUUACAAUUAAAUAUGUUAAUGUUUAUCUGAUAUUUUGGACAGAUGUCCUCCAGCCCCAAAUUCUCGACAUAUGCAUGGUCAAAAAGUUAUUAACAGGAUGUUUUGCUUGUUUUGCUCUCUAUCAACAGAGGCAAGCCCUGGCAAAUUUUUGGGAAAUAUUGCACUAGUUAGCUGAUUUUGAGCCAUCUUAGCUUUCAUGUCUACUUUAAGGAGCCUCAGAGCUUUAAAUAAUUACCUAAGGAACAGGUAGAUUUAUUGUAGUGGGGGAUGUAAUUUGUAUGUAGCUUGAUGCCACGCCAUCCUGCUGUGAAUGCUUCCAAAUCGGCUCUGUCUUUACCAGCAUGUAAUCCUUGUGAACUAUGAGCUAUAGCCUCUUGGAUAUAUAUGUGUACAUCUAUGUUCAGGUAUAUACCUACCUAUACCUAUGUGUACAUCUAUACAUGUGUAAAAUAUUUUAACUGAGUUUUGUUUGAUAUGCCAAACAGUAUUGAAGCAUUAUCAACCGUUAUGACAUAGCAUUUGGGAUCGUGGGAACACUUCGAUGUCCUCUACAGGUAGAAGUGGGAUUGAGCCUAAAGAUGCUGAAUGGGGAUUUGCUGCUUCCUAAUGUCGAUUGACAGUAUUAAGAUACUUGGUGAAUUUGUGUAGAUGAACACAUAUACAAUGUAUGAACACAAAACACCACUGAAUCUGAUGGUUUGUGAUGUCUUUAAUUUUGCACAUUUUGGAAUAAAAAUAAAGCAAUUGAGCUAUUUCAGUUCGAA